CCUGCACACUGUUGUUUUCCUAUCUUUCCUUCUCUGUCCUUAGUUAGCUUCCAUCACUCUCACUCUCAGAGAUUGCACUGAGGAAGAACAGGCACUCACUCUUUUAGAUCUGAAAAACCCACAAACGCCAGAAAUCCCUUACCUUUAAGGACGACCUAUUUAGGUUUUAGUCUAAGCAAAAAUGGCUGUCGCGGAUGCUCAAAAUCCUCGUGUUGGAGAAACCACUUGUGGUUCUUUGCUGCAGAAACUGCAGGAAAUUUGGAAUGAAGUUGGCGAGAGUGAUGAAGAACGAGACAAAAUGCUUCUUCAGUUAGAGCAAGAGUGCCUUGAUGUAUACAAGAGGAAGGUCGAGCUGGCAGCUAAGUCAAGGGCACAGCUUCUUCAGGCAUUGUCUGAUUCCAGACUUGAACUUUCCAGUCUUCUAUCAGCUCUUGGAGAAAAAAGUUUUACCGGAGUUCCUGAGAAGACUUCAGGGACAAUCAAGGAACAGCUUGGGGCUAUAGCGCCACUACUGGAACAGCUGUGGGAACAGAAAGAGGAGAGAGUGAAGGAGUUUACUGAUGUUCAGUCUCAAAUUCAGAAGAUUUGUGGAGAAAUUGCUGGGAACUCGAAUCUCAGCGACAGUCCUGCGGUUGAUGAGUCUGAUCUAUCCCUGAAGAAAUUAGAUGAAUUUCAAUCCCAACUUCAUGAUCUUCAAAAGGAAAAGAGUGAAAGAUUGCACAAGGUGCUUGAAUUCGUGAGCACAGUGCACGAUCUUUGUGCUGUACUUGGACUGGACUUCUUGAGUACUGUUACAGAGGUUCAUCCUAGCUUAAAUGACUCAACUGGUGUGCGUACCAAAAGCAUUAGCAAUGAUACUCUAUCUAGGCUGGCAAGGACUGUCUUAGCACUAAAAGAAGAUAAGGAACAGAGGCUGCAUAAGCUUCAAGAGUCAGCAACUCAGCUCAUUGAUCUGUGGAAUCUGAUGGAUACCCCUGACGAGGAAAGGAGAUUAUUUGAACAUGUAACCUGUAACAUAUCAGCUUCAGUAGAUGAAGUGACUGUUCCUGGGUCUCUUGCGCUGGAUCUGAUUGAACAGACUGAGGUUGAAGUUGACCGGCUCGAUCAGCUGAAGUCAAGCAGGAUGAAAGAAAUUGCGUUCAAGAAGCAAGCAGAGCUAGAGGAGAUAUUUGCUCGAGCUCAUGUAGAAAUAGAUACAGAAGCUGCCAGAGAAAAGAUUAUGGAACUCAUUGAUUCGGGGAAUGUCGAACCUACUGAAUUACUGGCUGACAUGGAUGAUCAGAUAGCGAAAGCGAUGGAUGAAGCUCUAAGCAGAAAGGAUAUACUGGACAAGGUUGAGAAAUGGAUGUCAGCCUGUGAGGAAGAGAGUUGGCUUGAGGACUACAAUCGCGAUGAAAACAGGUAUAAUGCGAGUAGAGGUGCGCACCUAAACCUCAAGCGUGCAGAGAAAGCACGAAUUCUGGUUAACAAAAUUCCAGCUCUUGUAGACACGUUGGUAGCCAAAACACGUGGGUGGGAGGAAGAGCGUGGCAUAUCAUUUACUUAUGAUGGUGUUCCUCUCCUUGCUAUGCUGGAUGAGUAUGCCAUGCUGAGGCAAGAAAGAGAAGAAGAGAAACGGAGGAUGAGGGAUCAGAAGAAGUACCAAGAGCUACAACAUACAGAACAAGAAACCAUAUUUGGUUCAAAGCCUAGCCCUGCUCGACCAGUUGGCACAAAGAAGGUAGUAGGUCCUCGUGCAAAUGGUGGCCCCAAUGGAACUCCUAGCAGACGGCUUUCACUUAAUGCUCAUCAAAAUGGAAGCAGGUCUGUAGUGAAAGAUGGGAAGAGAGAUCUUAGGCCCGUCGCUCCUAUGAACUACGUUGAAAUGGCAAAAGAGGAUGCUGCCUCCCACAUUUCUGGCACUGACACGGUUCCUGCUUCACCAUAAUUAAUAAGGGAAAGUACUGUAGGUUACACAGCUCUGUCGAAGUUUAGCGUUUUUACUUGUUACUGUAGUAGGGAUAUAAUGUAUGAAACAGUGAGGGUAAAUUGGAGAGUGAACUGUGACGUCUCUACCUGUGCAUGUUAUGUUUUGGCAUUCGGAGCUUUCUAAAUACGUGUUGCUUUCUUUGUUCUUCAAGUUUUGAUCUAUAUUGUAGCAAGCAAGCAUGAUGGUGCCUGUGCCGGUAGCUAUUCUGUGUUGGAAAUAAAAUCCUGCAUCUGCAUUCUCGCCA